UUUCAGCUGAAUACGAACGAGUUUAGUUUUGUUACUUUAACGAAACCGAAGAGGUUUUUUUUUGUAUUUCCACUGUGUGUUCUGUUUAACUUGGGAGCGAAUUUUGUAGGAGAAAUAACAUCAAGUUUUAGUCGUGAAAAUAUCGCGUACCAUUCAUGUCCUACAUUUUAACAACACGAAAUUGUUAAACGAUUUUUUUGUGUGUAUCAUAAAAAGGAGGAAAAAUUUUUAGUUUUCCAACAAAAGUGACGGGGGAAAUUUAACAGAAUCGAAAAGUAGAUCACAAACGGGAAAAAUGUUUAGUGGAUUCACAGCCAGAAUAAGGUCAUGGUUUGGACGUAAGUCGAAUAAUGCGGAACAGGAUGCUCAAAAUGCAGCAUCAACCGUACAGGGUCAAGUAAACGAUCAAUUAAAGGAAACUUCGAACACAUUGUCACAAAUUAAAAAUGAUAUCGAAACCUCAACGGUCAAGAAAGCUGAGGAAGCAAAAGAGCUGACAAAGGAAACCGUAGACGAUGUAGCAGGUUACACCAGGGAUGUCGGUAAAGCCGUUGAAAACGUUUUGAGGACUGCCUCUGACAAGGUUGAAACGUCGUGGGAAGCUUCGAAACAUAAGACAGCCGCUGUUGCUGAUUCAUCGGUUAAGACCGUCCAAAGUGGAUGGAAUGCGACAAAGGACAAAGCUAAUUCGGCCGCUGAAGCGGGAAUAAAAUCAGUAAACGAAAAUGUUGGAAAAACCAAAUCGAUUGCGAAAACCACAUUCGAAGAGUCGAAAAAUCUGACUGCCUCUGCAUUAGACAAAACUGCAGAUGCUGCAAAAUCUGCUACCAACACCGUAUCAUCAAAAACCAAUGAAGGACUCAAUAUAUUAAAGUCUGGAGCAUCGGCAACUUCUGAAGGAAUCAAGAGUGGAACAGCUGCCGCUUGGGGACAAACGAAGAACACAACUGAGAAUGUUACCAACGCAGCUGUAAACAAAAGCAGUGAAGUAAUUGAUGCAGUUAAGUCAGGAGUUGGAAGCGCUUGGGAUAAGACAAAAGAUACGGCAGAAAAUGUGAAGGAUGCUGCUGUUAGCAAGACCAACGAUGGUGUCGAUGCUAUUAAGUCAGGUACAAAUGCGACUAUCGACACAGCAAAAUCAUUGGCUGAUUCUGCUUCGGCGAAGACAGCUGAUGGAAUAAGUGCAAUUAAGUCGGGAACAGCCAGUGCAUGGGAUCAGACUAAAAGUACGGCUGAAGAUGUGAAAAACGCUGCUGUCAAUAAAGGAGGAGAGACUAUUGAUGCGGUCAAGUCUGGUGCCGGCUCUGCAUGGGAUAAAACAAAGGACACCGCUGAAAAUGUUAAAGAUGGAGUAGCCAAUAAAACCAGCGAGGGAAUCGAUUUCAUAAAAUCUGGAGCUGCAUCAGCUGCAAACGCCACCGUGAACACAGCGAAAUCCUUAGCAGAUUCGGCAUCUACAAAAACUUCUGAAGGUAUUAACGUUCUCAAGGCAGGAACAGCUAGUGCAUGGGACCAAACUAAAAACACAACUGAAAACAUUACUAACGCUGCUGUCAACAAAACGAGUGAAGCAGUAGAUACAGUCAAAUCUGGCGCUGGAGCAGCUUGGGAUAAAACAAAGGACACUGCUGAAAAUGUUAAAGAUGCCGUAGCGAAUAAAACAAGUGAAGGUAUCAAUUUGGUUAAAACUGGAGCAACAUCAGCAGUAGACAGUACUGUGAAUACGGCAAAAUCGUUAUCUGAUGUAGCGUCUACAAAAACAUCUGACGGUAUCAACGUUUUAAAGUCAGGUGCAGCUAGUGCAUGGGAUCAAACAAAAGCAACAACCGAAAAUGUGACAAAUGCAGCUGUGAACAAGGGAAGUGAAGCUGUCGGUGCUGUAAAGAGUGGAGCUGAAGCAACUGUAACAAAGGGUGCAGAGGUAUUAGGUGCAGUGAAGUCAACCGCUGGCAAUGUUUGGGAAAAAACGAAAGAUACGACCGAAAAUGUAAAGGAUGCAGCCAUUAAUAAAACAAGUGAAGGCAUCAAUGUUGUGAAAUCAGGAGCAAAUGUGACUGUCGAUGCAGCUAAAUCGUUAGCAGAUGCUGCCGCAACAAAAACAUCUGAUGGAGUUACUGCUUUAAAGUCAAGUGCAGCUAAUGCAUGGGAUCAAACAAAGGCCACGACGGAGAAUGUUACAAAUGCCGCUGUCAAUAAGGGAAGUGAAGCUGUAGGUGCUGUGAAAUCGGGAGCUGAAACAGCUUGGGAUAAAACAAAAAGCACCGCUGAAGACGUGAAAAAUGCUGCGGCUAAUAAAACUAGUGAGACUAUCGAUGCUGUAAAAUCAGGCGCUGGUAGUGCAUGGGACAAAACUAAGGAUACAGCUGAACAUGUGAAAGAUUCCGCUGUUGAUAAAACUAAAGAUGGUCUAAACGCUCUUAAAACUGGAGCAGCGUCUGCAGUAGACACAGCUAAGUCAGUAGCAGACUCAGCUGCAGCAAAGACUUCUGAAGGAGUCAACACUUUAAAAUCGGGCGCAUCAGACGCUUGGGACAAGACUAAGGAAACCACAGCCAAAACAACAGAUUGCAUUUCGAAGCAGGUCUCUGGGGCUGUUGAAUCUACACAAUCUGUAGCCGGAAACAUUGUAAGCGGAAGCAAAAACUUAGUGAGCUCAGGCAUAGAAUCCGCAAAAACAGGUGGUAAGAGCGCUUGGGAUGGAGCUGCAAAUAUUACUGAAGGAGCUAAGAACUUAGUUGGAUCUGGCAUUGAUGCCACUAAAACUGCUGCCGCUAACACAUGGGAGGGAACAAAAUCCGGUGUUGAAAAGACAAAGGACGUAGCCUCCGACAUAUGUCAGUCUGGCGUAGAAACCGUCGAAUCUGGAUUGAAUAAAUCGAAAAAUGUCAUAUCUUCCGCCACCGAUUCAACAUUAAAUGCAGGUGCUGCAGUAUGGGACCAGACAAAAACAAUUGGUAGUAAUGUUGCAAACACCACAGGAUCAGCGGUUGGCAGUGGAGUCGAUGCGGUAAAGGACAGUGUUCGUUCGGCGUGGGAUGCUACAGCCAAAACUGCCGGUGCAGCAAAGAAUUCCUCAGUGAACUUUAUCGAAUCGGAAAAGAAUGCCACAGCCAACUUUUUAGGGAAAGCUUGGGAUGGAACGAAAAGUGCUACGCAGGAUGUGGGAAAAACCGUGGACAGUGGCCUGGACACAACUAUGAACAAAGCAGCUUCCGCAUGGGACAGUACAGCAAGUGCGAUGGGUUCCGUUUGGGACAGCAGUAAAAAUAAGGCAAAUGAAGCUGCCGGCAGCAAGACACCUGUAAAUUCCGACUCUUUUUCAAAGGGUGGAAGCGUAUUUAACGCAUCCGCCCAACGAGCUAAGGAUUUGGUAAAAGAAGAUACAAAAAUAUAAAACCAUUCAACAACCUGCAACUUGAUACAACUUGCAUUGCAACCUACUUCUUUCUGGGACAUCAACUAUAUAAAUCCAAGCAUCCGAUUUGCAAUUAUGUCGCUGUUUUAAACAAUAAGAUUUUGUGUUUGUUAUACUCGUAAACAUUAUGUGUUGAUUGAUUUGUACAUUAAAAUUUGAAGAAGUUUAUUCAUCAUUGUCCACUUGUAUGUAUAACAAAUAAAAAAAAAACAAAAGCUGUACAAAUAAACGAAAUAUAAAAACGUUUUUUUCUGCAA